GGGCGGCGGCGGGGCGCCGCUGCAGGCCGGCGACGCCUGGGGCUCCUACUCGGGCUACGAGCUGUCGCCGCACCUCAACCUGCUGCAGCCCACGGCCGGCGCCUACUCCUUCACCGGCGGCUACUCCACCGGGUACAUGAUGGCCCAGGCCGACCCGGGCCCCGCGGAGUUCGGCCCUGGUAAGUUCGCCUUCACUUGCCCACACGCAGUUGCCGACGCCUUCAGAGCUCUGUUCAUUUCCAGUUUUAAUUUCGAUGUCUUCACUGUUAUUUACUUCUUUAUAUUAUUAAUAUUAUUGAAAAAUCCUUAUCGACCAUAAAUAAUAUAUUGGAGUCAGGUGACGGGGCUUGGUCAGUAAGAGCAAAACGAAAUUAAAACAUGAUUGUUUGCUAACCUUUAUAUAUAAAAAAUAUAAUUCCAUCCUCAGGGCUUUCAACCACCAACAGAAUGUAUACAUAAUUAAAUAAGCUACAUCACUCACACGUUUUUGUAAAUGUCUUCAGUAAAGUAAAAGUAUCCUGGGAGAAAAUUGUUCCUUUCGCUAGUUAUGUUUUCUUUCAUAUUUUUGCUGAUUUCCUAUAUCUAUCGUCGUCUAAAGUAAUUCCCCUGUAUUUUUAUCCUGCGCUGGUUGUCCUCGUUCAUCUUGUCUUCUUCCUCCAGUAACGUCAUUCCUUUAAUUUCUUCGCUGUCUUUCCUUCCCGUUUCCGCACUCUGUUGCACCCACGAAACGUGCGUUCCCUGCCCUUCCCCUCCGUUUCCUGCCCCCUGUGCGGGCG